CUUCGAAGACCUCAGCUUCGUCGUUGACAAUCCAUACCACGAAACCCAUCCGCCCAGCGAAGUCAAGAUGGGUCGUGUCAUUCGCAACCAGAGAAAGGGUCGCGGCUCGAUCUUCACCGCCAACACCCGCCUCAACAAGGCCGCGGCCAAGUUCCGAACCUACGACUUCGCAGAACGCCAUGGAUACAUUCGUGGCGUAGUCAAGGAGAUCGUCCACGACGCCGGACGUGGUGCACCUCUCGCCAAGGUCGUUUUCCGCGAUCCAUAUCGAUACAGGCUCCACACCGAGACCUUCAUCGCAAACGAGGGCAUGUACACUGGCCAAUUCAUCUACGCCGGCAAGAACGCAUCUCUCACCAUCGGCAACGUCCUCCCACUCGGCUCUGUCCCUGAAGGUACUGUUGUCAGCAACGUGGAGGAGAAGAUUGGCGACCGCGGUGCAUUGGGCCGAACCUCUGGAAACUAUGUCACUGUCAUCGGCCACAACCCAGACGAGGGCAAGACCCGUGUCAAGCUCCCAUCUGGUGCCAAGAAGGUUGUCAAGAGCUCUGUCCGUGGUAUGAUUGGUAUCGUUGCUGGUGGUGGACGUACGGACAAGCCUCUCCUCAAGGCCUCGCGCGCCAAGCACAAGUUCGCUGUCAAGCGCAACUCAUGGCCAAAGACUCGUGGUGUUGCCAUGAACCCAGUCGACCAUCCUCACGGUGGUGGUAACCACCAGCAUAUUGGUAAGGCUUCAACCAUCUCCCGCUACGCCGCACAAGGUCAAAAGGCCGGUCUUAUCGCUGCCCGGAGAACUGGUCUGCUCCGUGGUACCCAGAAGACCAAGGACUAGACGCAUCAUUGAGGCUGGCGGUGUUGGAGGGAGUUUCACGGAUUUGCGCUGCAUCGAAAGCAAAGGCUUCAUGGGUUAUAGCGAGGCUGUGAAGGCAUACAGCUACCUGCAGGAAUCCUGUGCAGACCAAAUGAGUUUACGUUCAAAAGCCAUGUGCUCCUCCGCCCUCUGCUUUUUCUCAAUCGAUGUGCGACCACUGCCACAACAGAUUCUGAAGCAGCAUCACUCUACAGAGUCCGUCGAGCCCGGUGGCCAGAGACAGUAGCCAGCAAGACGUGGUGGCGAGCCUGGACACAAGUCUAGUAUGACAUGGAGGCACAUUGGCAAGCCACAGCUUCGUACCAGCAGAACGUUGAACGUUGUGUGAGAUUCUGUCCGCUGAACCCAAGUGAUCAACUCUGCACUUGCAUACAUUAUUUCUCACACAGGAACAGUAGUCGCUGCAUCGUGUCUCGUCCACGUGUAGCCGAAGCAGUUCCAUGCCAC